AAAAUAUAUUUUUAAUAAAAAAAUUUAUUAUUAAUAUAAUAUAUAUUUUAGCACAAAAUGUCGCACAGAGCAACCAGCACGCUAUCGACAAAUCGCUAUCAGGAAUACAAGCUGUACGCCGUCAAUUUCCAUACAAACUCGCUGAACUCGAUUUUAUAUGAAUUUAAGAAGCGCGUGGAAACUGGCAUACGUCGACGUGUCUUCAUUAUCGACAUAGAGGAGGAAGCCAAACAGCUGGCUCUUAAAGUGCGCAAUACAAAACGUUUCGAUAACUACUCCGUCACAAUGUCCGCCAUCGAACGCUGCCUGGCCGAAUAUAAGCGCACCUCUCGAAUUAUUGCGGACGAGAAAAAAUUUAGUUUAAUAGAUUUUUGGCUGGAGAAUCUAAAUGUGCCGACAGGUUUAUUUAAGCAACAACAAGCCGCACAUCACCCACAACGUAAGUCAUCAAAGAAGUUGCAACCGAAAACGCCCACGAAAUCGCCAACGCGUAUGACAAGGAAAGGUUCAAAAUUCGCUAUGGCGAAAAAGAAAUCCGUUAUGACAUUUGCUUCGUGCCCACAACUAAUGCCGAAGGCGCACAACAGAGUUGGAAGACCAGCGCCGCUCUCCAAGAAGCGUUACAUAGAAGACGAACCGGAAUUUUCGAAGAUUUUCAUAAUACUCAUUGGCGAUAUGGACAAUGAAUUUUAUGUCAAGCUGCUGAGCGCUAAUCAACCACUGCAAGCCAUUGUACACUUUCUGCCCGAGGAGUCCGCUUACGAUCUCUUGAUACCACAUCCAGAGACCAAGCAAUUGAUAGCGAGCACCAUCGAGGAAAUACAAGUGGACAUCUUUGAAAUGCGCGCUUUGGCACUAACGAAACCUGCCGGUUAUAUGCAACAUUAUUUGCCUGUGAUUUCACGUUGUCUCGCCGAAAAGUAUACGCAUCAAAUUUACGAUCAACUCUCUCAUUAUCUCUACGAUAUUGAAUUGCUCUUGGAUCAAUAUGAGAAAUAUUAUCUCGAACCAUUUCACAUAAUCGAUGUCGAAAUGCCGUUAACUGUGCAAGUUGAGGGACUGCGUGAAGUCGCAGAAUCUUUGGCUUUACAAGGCUCCUACCUGCGUGUACCUCUGCCUGCUAUAGCUAGCGAUCUUGCUACGGUCGCGAUUUACUUUGAGGGUUUGCUCAAUCAAAUUGCACAACGUUUGCGCAAAUUGACACCGCAGCAGGCGCAGCUUAGCACAUUGCCCUACAAACAGGCGAGUGCUAUCGAUUUGAAUCAGGACCUACGUGAUGUUUACGCAACGGCCUUCGAUAGCAUAUUGAAGGUAAAACAUUUUGAACGUAUUUGCGUCGCGGCGAAUAAUCUGCUACUGCACGAGUUGCUGCUCUAUACAGAUGUCAGUUCCUUUGAGACCAUACACUACACGAGUUUGGAGUAUAAUUCGAUUAGAGCAUAUGUGGACAAUGCGUGUAUGAAGCGCUCUUUCAAGAUUCAACUAUUUGAUGACUUAUCCGAAAGAGAUUUCUUUCAAUUGCCAUUCUAUGCGAAGCUGUACUUUGGUGAAAAUACGGUGAAGCAACACUUACAGCUUUGCUUAGCGGAAUAUAGUGUUUGUGAAGUGGAUGAAAUUACGCCUGGCUCCAAGUUGUAUCACUUCAAGCGCGCCUACAAUGAGGUGCAUGAAGAGCAACAGGUUGUGGUAUUGCCAUCACCGUUAUGUUUUCGCGAUUUCACACUCUAUCAAAUGGAAGAGUUUCUCGAAGCCUUGAUAACGCCCGAAAUGAUAAGGCAAUAUGAACGAAAUUUCACCACGAUGAGUUUCCUAAAACAAAGUAAGAAAGAUAAAGAUAGUCAAGGCUUAGAUCUAUCGAUAUUUAUACGUCCCACUUCGUUGAAAUGGAAAAAGAUUCUAGCCUACAUGGAAACGAGCAUGACGCAAGGUUCCAAUCCGACUUUGCUACCUCAAUUAAAAUCAACUGAGUUGCCAUUGCAUCCAAACCCAUCAAAUUUUGAAAGCAAACCUGGACUGCCGGUAAAUCAUCACCUGCUACAAGGCUACAAUCUUGAAAAUAUACGCCAAGAGAUACAAAUAAAGAGUUCCAAAUACUUUUUCGAGGAGGGUGGUCUGGAAUUGUAUGAGGAACGUUGGUGUUUCACAGAUAUGAACAAAAACUUAUUAUUCAAAGUUAAUGAUAUUUUAUUCAACAUAUUACGCCCGCGUUUUUGGAACACCUCAAUCUCGCCAAAUCUACGUUUCACAAAUAAGAAUAAUGUUUCCGUACGGAUACUUAAUACCGUGGAGGAGUGCGCUAAGGUAGUGAUCAACUAUCCCAAUGGCUUGGCAAUCUACCACAAUGAGACACAAGUCCAACAAGAAUGGUACACUGUGGAUACCGUAAAUAGCGAAAAGCGGCGCGUAUUUGUGCCGGAAGGUGCGGUGAUUGUGUACUACCAAGGCGAGGAUCUUAUUACUGUAUUGCGCUAUAAUGGCGAAAUUUAUCGUUUAUACCAAUAUGAAUUUGUCGAAGGUGAAGAAGAAGCUUUCAACGAAACUACUGAAGAUUUAGAUUCAUCAAUCAAAAUUGAGCAAAGAGAUAGUACAGCGACACGUCGUACUCAACGUGAUUCAAAGAAGGUUUCGAUAGCAGAACAGGAUAAGACCAAAGAUAGACUGAAAGAAGACAGUAAGGAGAAAAGCGAAAGUAGAGAAAAGAAUACUCGCAAAAGCACAGCACGUUCUAAGUCGUCUCAACGCUCUAUAGUACUGGAAAAGCGUGUUAAACCAAAAACUCCCAAACAGUUGCUCAUAGAAUCAAUCGAUAAUGAAUUGAGAUUUCUUAAUGAAUUAACAAAUAAAUAUGGCCUGAAGUACUUGCAUCUUAUUGUAACUACAUCAAUGGGACUAAUUGUGAAUCUAACACAUCGCGGCAAGGCCUACAGAGGUCACACUGCGCCCACACUGGAAUGGCAUGAUUAUUUUGCGAACGAAAGCUAUGCGCAACGUGGUGAUGGUGUACGUAUGAUUUGGACAGCGGACACCCUGAAAUGUUAUCACGAUGAUGGCACUCUCUUUGUAACAAGAAUGGAGGAAAAAGUCGAACUAUUCACUUUUGAUACUGACACCGGAAUCACAGUGAGCUCUUCUCACAUUGAAGAGGAAUAUACCGCUGAAAUUUCUGAUCUUUUGUUGAUGAGUCAAAUUUUGAAAGAUGUCCAAGAUUCAAAGAGCUCUACACCCAUAGAUCAACAGAAACAAAAUAGUCCAUAUACCAGAGCUACUACUUCUCAUAAAACAGUUAAAAAGUCUGGCGAAAUCGAAGAAUCCCAAUUGGAUUCCACAUCUACGCGCUCUAAAACUUAUUCUAACAUGUCGCAUUAUUUCGUUUCCGGUGAAGCUGAAGAGGCGGGUAAGUCCGAUGAUCCCGCCUAUGUGACUACACGUCACGCCAGUUUUCAAAUGAUACACAAAAAAUAUGCUGAAGUCCUUAUCGAAUUGUAUGAAGUACCGAUAAACGAUAUUGUUAUCAGCAUAAAUGCUAUAGAUGGCAUUUCUACAUUCAUUUAUAAAGUAUUGCCGGUUAUAGAAAACAUACAUUUAGAUUAUACGGAUUAUACGGAACUACCGAGGUUCGGAGCUACAAUUGGUGAUAGUAUCGUAGGCAGUGCAAUCCGUAGAACUAUUCAAACUACUAAAAGUGGUUCAAUUCACACAGAAGGAAGUGACUUGCAUGCAUCUGUUGAUGGCAAUACGGUUGAGCAAGAAGUACUCGUACAGACCGUGGUAAAAGUUAGUUUCGGUAGCGCGCUGAAAAUCUCCACCACUGAAGAUGCGUGUGAACUCACUAUGGAACUGCAACGUUAUGAGGUGGACAAUGGCAAAGUACGCGAUAAACUGGACAUACGCUUUGACUAUCAGAAAAAUAUCACCGACCUUUUUCAAUAUUUUAUCGAUCGCAUAUCGAAUUUUAAAAAUUAUCAAAAACCUAAAUCGAGUGAAUUUUAUUUUUUGGAGCAUCAAAAUGAGCACUGUCAUGUAACGGGUUAUCGCUUUCUUUGCAAUCUACCACCACCGUUGGAGUAUAAUUUUUCUGCUGGCAAUACCUUUACAGAGCUGAGAAAACUUAAGAACAUCGAUGAGUUAAUGACAAACGAGUAUCCCUGGUUUGAUAAUGAUAUGAAAAAAUUUCCACGCUUUCCUUUGAAACGCGAACGUGUGCCGCCAAUAAAUGAAACCUUUCCACUGGUGUUACUCUCCAACGUAUAUGUAAAGAUACCACAACGCCUAUGCAAUACAGCCGAGAUACACAAGUUCGUGGAGCCCAUUGAAGACUUUACUUAUAAAAAGACACAACAACACUUGCGGGAUGCUAUCGAAUAUUACUUACGACCACGUAUACGCAUAGCAUUGGCCCAGCUUUGGAGUGCCAAUAAUUGGAAAAUACGACUUGAGGAACAUAAGCGUCGAUUGUUUCGUGAACAACAACGUACCAUAUUGUAUAAGGCGAUGUUGCAACAUGAUGUCUUUCCAAAAUAUCCGCAGUUUCGAGAUGAGUUUUGUGGUCAUGUCAAGCAUAUAGACUUCUUUAAGUUCAUUAUAUGGCGUUGCUAUAAACCACUGACAGAUGAUGAGGAAACCAAACGGGAAGGUGUACGUUUUAAGGAGGAAAUUAAACAAAUUACGGAUAAACCUCUCACAACUGUGAGCGUACCGGAAAACCCAAAACCUGCUGUGCCUGGGGGUGGACUACGUUUGAGAUCCUCGAUGGCUAAGUAUCGAAGCCGAACGCCACCAAAAUGUGAAACCACAUUCACACAUAUUACUGAUAAAGUAGAUUAAUAAAAAUAUGAAUCAAAACAAA